UGAGGUGGAGAAGAGUUCUACGUUUACCGAGACCUACACGCGUGUUUGUCUGUACUCUCUAUAUAUAAAACGAGACUUGUCUACGGUUAAGACUUCUCACAGUUCCCUCCAAAAUCCACAACAAUGGGACAGUUACAGUUUCAGCAACUCCCACUCCGAACUCUCGGCCUCGGACCCUAUAAUUCUUAUUCAUGUAAACUCAUGCCCUUGGCUUCUUUUCCUCGUCCAACCAAAUCUCCAACCUUUGCUUCUCAUCCUCUCUCUUACACUCAUCAAACUCUCACCAAACCCAAUCAAAUCCUUCAUUUUCACCCUCUCUCCUCUGCCGCUCCAUCUCGCAGCUUACUAUGCAAGAUGAAUGGAUCAGAUAUGAUAUCACAGCUGGAACUCGGGAAGCCAGAGGAGAGACGAAAGCCUGAGAAACAAGUAAACGGGAUAUUCUGGAUCAUACUUCUUAAUAUUGGAAUAUAUGUGGCAGAUCACUUGUUUCAGGUUCGUGGCAUUAGAAGUCUAUAUUUGUACCACAAUUGGCCUGCUUGGUAUCAGUUCGUGACUGCAACGUUUUGUCAUGCCAAUUGGAAUCAUCUUUCGAGCAACCUUUUCUUCUUGUAUAUUUUUGGAAAGCUCGUUGAAGAAGAGGAAGGGAAUUUUGCAUUGUGGCUUUCUUAUAUUCUUACGGGUGUUGGAGCAAACCUUGUCUCUUGGCUAAUUCUACCAAGGAAUACAGUAUCUGUUGGGGCAUCUGGUGCUGUUUUUGGGUUAUUUACAAUAAGUGUCCUUGUAAAGAUGUCCUGGGACUGGAGGAAGAUCCUUGAGGUGCUUAUAUUGGGCCAAUUUGUUAUAGAAAAGGUUAUGGAAGCAGCCCAAGCUUCAACGGCUUUAUCAGGCACCUUUCGUGGAGGCAAUUCAUUGCAAAGCGUCAACCACAUUGCACAUCUGUCUGGUGCUCUUGUUGGUGUAGUCCUUGUAUGGCUUCUCAGCAGGGUUCCUUCUCAACCUCCUAAUGGAGAAGUAUCAAAUUCGCAUAGGAAAAAGGAUAGAACUCUAUAAUUAAUUUAAACAAUUCUUUUUUGUAUGGUGCAUUAUAUUUAUAUUCAAAGAGUUAAAUUCACGAUUA